AGCUAGACUGGCUGGCUCACGUGCACUAACAAACGGCGGACGGUAGGUUGUCAUGUCUGCAGUUUAAUGGUUUCCGUGCGGGGGACGACAGCGGUGCAGCCCGGGCCCUCUACCGACAUUUAACGGGGCUUUUCAACGUUUACAAAGCUCAAGGCCAACGCAGUCUGCUGAGAAAUGGCGGAGGGAGGCUUUGACCCCUGUGAGUGCGUCUGCAGCCAUGAGUAUGCCAUGAGGCGCCUCAUCAACCUGCUGAGGCAAUCUCAGUCCUACUGCACAGACAACAACUGCCCUCAGGAAUUGCCGGGUCCCAAUGGGCCGGUCGGCGGAGGCGCUGACCUGACCCUCCCCACCCUUCUGAUGGGAUGGGCGGUGCUGGCUCUGCUCCUGUUCCUGCUGCGCCCCUCCAGUCUCAGGGGCAGCCGCUCCACAGGAAAACCUACCGGACCCCACAAUAGCCGCGGACGGGAGCCUCCGGCGCCACCUGUUGACUAGCAGCCGAGAGCACCGGCCCCCACCCACCUGCUCUGACCGGAGCCGUACAGCCAGCCGGCGACCGCGGCAACACGCCGGACCCAUCGCCCCUUCACUCGAAAAUCUACUUCUUUUUUUCAUUUUAUGGCCACGUUUUAUUUGGAGGGUGUCGAUUUGUCUCGGGUUCCCUGUCACUGGAGCCCAACUGAUUUCAGUAACAAAACAUAAAGACAUAAAGGGUUUUUUUCCAAUCGUUAAUCAAAAUAAAUACGUACUAAAGUUGAUAUUUUGUGUAUUCAAAGGCCGUUUUGACUGAUAUCGUCGGCUGACGGGAUCAGCAGGUCAAUGCAUCAGUUGGGCCCCAUGUGGUGUUCACAGCCCUGAAUCAGAAGGCUCUCGGUCGGCCCUGAUCUCGGCUCUGGAGUUGACUGAGCUGAAAAAUGUAGGAAUGUGUCACGUGUGUUUGGGGGGGGGUGGGGGGGGGUAACUAGUUAGGGUGCUUGCUGAGCGGUGACGGGUCUUCAGGCUCUCUGAAAACAUUCCUCUCUUUCCACAUUGAAGUCCCAACUUUAAAGCACAGCUUCCCUUUAAGCGGCUGUUGGUUUUCUGACUGUAGAAUAAGUCACGAAUGAGUGUGAUCACUGGAAAACAACCAGCGGUUUAAUACCAUCGGCCCGAUUCCAUGUACUGUCAUUGUUUUAUGGUUAAAAGAUAAAAACUAAAAUCGUAAUUGUACGAUUGAUUGUCCGUAGCAGAGGGUCAUAUUUUUGUGUGUGCGCUCUGUCCUCGUGACGGCGUGCUGAGUCAGCAGUGUAAAAAAAGGUGGAGGUGAGGGCCUGCAGUCUGUCACUGCUCGGGGCAUCGCAGGUUUCUACUUUCAGAGCUUCUGUAUGACGACGAUAGUUCUGGUCUCAGUGCUGAAGCCACUUCUUGCAAAAGAAUGCCGAUAUUUGAGUUUUGAUAUAAAAUGGUAUUCCAGGAGAGGACGUGGAAAUGAUCUGCAGUGGAGGUUUUUGUCAUUCUCGUGGUUUCCAGGAUCUGUUGAGCUUUCCUCGUCGAGCUGCUUAUUCAGUGAUUCAUUUUAUAGAAGGUUUGCAAGCGAGACUAAAGGUUUAAUUAGUAAACACAACGAUGUAGCGGUGAAGUCUCCAGUUUGUUAAGCAUAUAUGUAAAUGUGGGUGGAUAAUUAUAACACAGUACAACAGCAUACACUACAAUCUUAAAGUUACUUAAGAAAAUCAAUACUUCUUUGAUACAUUCUACAGAAAAAAAUGGAAGGUCAUACCAAGUGAAUGUUUUUUCUUUAACGUGUAUAUUGUUGUUGUUUGGAUGCUAGAAGGUUUCCUGUGUUUCUCUUCACUGGCCGUGUCCUUGUCGUGCUCCUGUCAUGGCAACAGGGCAGUUGUGUGUCUGCGCCUUGAAUUGUGUUUUCAGGGGUACUUGUGAAAUAGAACUUGCAUAGAUUAGACAAGUGUCUUUUGUGAUAUACAUGGUAUAAGAGUUUAGAACGUGAAUAUGAUCUGUAAUAGCUUCUCUUUGUUUCCAUAUCGGCGAAUAACGCCCUCUGAAGAUUUAUUUUCUACGUCUUUAUAGACUCAAGACAUGGCAGGGAGGAGAUGGGGAAAGUUUAAUAAAAGAUCUAACAAGGUGUAUAUAAUGAAGGCGGAAACCAUACUAGGUUGUUGAGAUGAGCAAGUGGACCAUCUGGUUAUGCAGGAGACCUUUCUUUACACUGUUUCUGUCGAAGAGAAAAAGGGCUUCUACUAUGCACUUUGCCUAUAACAAAAUAAAAAUAAUUCAGUCUUA